AUGUCUCUAAUAUGUACGCUCGGAGCAGCACUUUGCUCAUCACUACAAGGCAUUGUCCCCUCAAUACCUGGUGUGACUACAGUUCCCCUCCCCGUGGUAGAUCUCGGAUACAACUUGCAGCAAGCAACUUCCUAUAACUUGCAAUACGACCUCUACCUCUUCUACGACGUCCGAUACGCCGCUCCACCGACCGGACCAAAUCGUUUCAGAGCCCCUCAGGAUCCCGUCACGAAUCGAUCGAGCGUGCAGACUGGUGGCUCACAGUGGGCGUGUCCCCAGGCAGUUCCCAAGUGGCAGUCUAUCCCCAGUCAAUUUUUCCCGCAAUACGAGAACGGGACCACGAACUUCACCCAAGGCGAGUUCCAGGAGACGGACCCGCCUACCUCACCGCAAUACGCCCGUGAGACAGAAGACUGUCUCUUUCUGGACCUGUACGUUCCGAGGUCAGUCUACCAAAAUGCUGCCAAGCCAGGUGCUCCCAGCAUACCGGUUGUCGUACAGAUCUAUGGAGGCGGAUUCAUCCAAGGCGCCAAGGACCUCAACCCGGGCGGGUGGUUUGUGAGGGACAAGGAACAGGGCGGCAAUGGUAUCAUCGUGCGUACUCAACCUUGCGAUGUGUCGCGAAGUCACUGACAGGCCUUUCGUGCAGUUCGUUAGUAUCAACUACCGGCUGGGCGCCUUUGGAUGGCUAGCAGGCUCAACACUCCAAAAGAACGGUGACGCCAAUGCCGGGCUUCUUGACCAACACUUUGCCCUCCAAUGGGUCCAGAAGUAUGUCAGCAAGUUCGGAGGCGACCCCAACAAUGUCACGGUGAUUGGAGAGUCUGCUGGUGGAGGCUCGAUCAUGCAUCAAAUCACCGCAUCUGGAGGUUCAUCCAACGCACCAGCUUUCAAUAAAGCCAUCGUCCAGUCUCCUGGCUUCCAUCCUAUUGACCAGGAUAGUGUGAACGAGGCUACUUUCCAGGCGUUCUUGGAUCUGCUCAACGUCUCUACCAUCGCUGAUGCGCGUCAACUGUCUUUCGACGACGUUUACGCAGCAAAUGCGAGACAGGUCGGCAAUGCACCCUACGGACAGUUCGUGUACGGUCCUGCUGUCGAUGGCACUUUCGUACCGGGUCUGCCAAGCCAGCUGCUCGAGGAUGGGAAAUUCCACAAGAACGUGACCGUCAUGGUCGGACACAACGCUGACGAAGUAAGGUGCUAAGUGCUGACGAAGCAAGCUGCUAAGCGCCCUCCUUGUGAUAGAAGACUGAUUCUUGAAAUAGGGUAUCCUCUUCACCAACCCUUACGUCCAAAACGACACGGCCUUCCUCCAAGACGUGGGGAGCUGGAUGCCGCCUCAGGCUGCGACGAACACCAGCCUGGCAUACAUCAACAGCACGCUGUACCCACCCGUCUUUGACGGCACUCACAAUUACACCAACCAAAUCGCUCGAACCGCAUUCGCUAUUUCGGAGCUGGUCUUUACUUGCAACACGUUCUAUCUGGACAAGGUAAAACUCCCUUCCCAUUCACUCAACAUCCAAAGCAGAAAAUUUCUCCAACUAACACCUCUCCCUCUCUUCUCUUCCAAAAACAGGCUUUCAAUAACCAAACUCACGCAUACCUCUUCGCCGUUCCCCCCGCUUACCACGGUCUCGAUGUCGGGUAUACAUACUACACCGACCUGGAAACAACCGACCCUUCGACCCAAGUCGCGGUGAACAUGCAGAGGUACUUCCUCCACUUUGUCAAGACGGGGAAUCCCAACGGCGCGGAUGAGAUUUUCAACCCCUGGUCGGAAUACGGCAUCGCAGCGACGGAGGUGGUCUUCAACACGACUGGCAAUCUGAGACUCCAGCGGGACGAGACGGCGAAUGGGAGGUGUAACUGGUGGCAGGAGAAUUUGUAA